AUGCCGUCAGGGCCUGUUGAUGAGCUAUUCGGAACCCUUUUAUCUGCCCUUUCCUACUCUUGUUGUCCCAGCGGAGCCACUAAGCUGAGUGGUCCACCCACAUCUGGCUGGCAAAUAUCAUCUUCCAAAGAAAAUCCGCUGUCCGGAUUUGGAAAAGGGCCCAAAAUUUUGCGAGCCACCAAAAUUGGACCAAGUAGAGCUUUUGAGCUUAAUCUCAAGCUCCUUCAGGCGGACAAAGAAGGCGGUUUUGUCCUUGCCCCGACAACCGUCUACAAAGAAAAGGCGGACGCUGCUGUCACCGAAAACUUCCAAGUCGCGAAUGUAAAACCUUCCAAGGUCAAGGCAACAGCUAGCAAACUUUGUGAAGAGGCUGGCCUUCAAAAACUGGCGUCAUCAGUGAGAGCAGCGAGGGGUGUGAACCUUUCAGUGUUCUUUUCAGCAAAGACGCACAAGCCGGAAGUUCCCUUCCGCGUCAUUGUCUCGGAACAGGGCACAUGGCAGCGCCUGGUGGGAAGGGAUGCCGACGUAGUCGGGGUAAGCACGAGCAAUACUACCGACGAGAGCAACAUAAUCUUGGGACGAGCGGGAGGUAACGUUUCUCCGUACAAGGCUGCUUCCCCGCCAAAUCCCCUCAACGCAGUCGCUCCGGGCACCCGUGGAAUGCUGGACAUACUGGGGGAAUUCCCGCGCUGGAAGCAGGUUUUGAACCGCCAAUCUCUGUGCUUCUCCCUCACAACGUCCAUCAACUACAUGCGCAGCAGCGCCGAUCCCAUCGACUUCGUGAGCGAAGUUCACAACGAUCCGGACGUGCAACGAUUCGGACGGCUUAGGUUCACAACCCGGGGCAGCAAUAACAAGUACCCGGUAGAAGACCUGCAGACGAUCUACCACUUUGACAACACAACGUACUCCCAUUUCUGGCGUUACAUUCGCAACGGCGACUUGUUAACCCUCUUCGCAUACGACACUGGUCCCACGCUAUCGUACAAGCUUAACCAGAUGCUCAGUGCUUACGGAAAAGACAAGUGCGUCGUCCUCGAUGACUUGUCGGAUGACAAUGUAGAGCGGAAUUUCACCUACCGAGGCCAGACUGUUCAUUUUGGCAAGUUCGAGAUACUGACAGCCGUGCAGUCUCUGAUGACGAGGCUCUACGGAGGACCAUUUCCUUGACGGAAGUGAAUGUACUGGACAUUUUUGACCCCGCACAAUUUUCCAGUGACGUCACCCGAUAUUCAGCUUUAUUCUAAUAACGCGAAGUGGCUAUCUAUGGCGAAUGCCUUUUAAAGGCAACCAUUUAUUGCACCAAAAGACACGCGCUGUACCUCAAGUAGUCGACGACUGCUUCGUGGUGUGCAAUGUUUUGGAUAUUUGGGCAUGAGUGCUAUAUGUACAUUCAAUUUCGCAACUUAUUUUCAAUAUACAUGCACUACCUA